AUGAACUUAAAGAAUAAACUGGAGACAAUAAAAGAAUCAUAUUCAACACUUCAGAAAGCUCAAAUUCUACAUGUUACAGAAGGCGAAUUCAAACUAGCUAUGGAAGUGAACAAUACACAACAAGCUAGUAAUCGAACAAUGCGGCUUGUCAAUAAAUAUUCGGAUACAAUACGAAAUCAUCACGAAGCUCUAAGAAGAGUUGGCAAACUUUCAGUUUUAAUUAAUAAUAAACUCAAUGCAUUUAUGCAUGCUAUAGAAGAUCAUUUUUUACAUAUUUCAAUUAAAGAUAUUCUAAGAGGUAAACUUGAUUUACAUUUCAUUCAUCAUAGUGACAUAUUUAUUUCAUUUAUUUGUAACAGACGAUUAUGGAAUUUAUGGGAAUAA